AAACCCAGGACAUGUUCACUCAGACCUCCUCUGUCACAGCUACACCAUCCCUUUACAGCACUGUGGCUUCAUCAUCAGUGUCACCUGAAACACCAGCAAAUGUAACCACAAGUGAGAUGGACAAAGCAUCAGUAACAUCAGAAUCCAGUAGUAGUUUCCCAACAACAGAUGAAGAGAGCUCAGGUGAACAGACAACUGAGAUGUCCAGCAAAGAGACUACAGCGCCUACAUUCUCCUCAUUGUUUAGCACAGAGAGGCCAACGGCAUUGCCAGUUAGAGAACAGGACAGUACCGUCAUAGUCCAGACAGAGAAACCCUCAGUAUCUCCAAUUACUGCUAAGACAGAGUACAGUUCCAUUUCUACCCCAGCAGAUGACCAAGGCUCAGGCAACCAAACCCAGGACAUGUUCACUCAGACCUCCUCUGUCACAGCUACACCAUCCCUUUACAGCACUGUGGCUUCAUCAUCAGUGUCACCUGAAACACCAGCAAAUGUAACCACAAGUGAGAUGGACAAAGCAUCAGUAACAUCAGAAUCCAGUAGUAGUUUCCCAACAACAGAUGAAGAGAGCUCAGGUGAACAGACAACUGAGAUGUCCAGCAAAGAGACUACAGCGCCUACAUUCUCCUCAUUGUUUAGCACAGAGAGGCCAACGGCAUUGCCAGUUAGAGAACAGGACAGUACCGUCACAGUCCAGACAGAGAAACCCUCAGUAUCUUCAAUUACUGCUAAGACCGAGCACAUUUCCAUUUCUACCCCAGCAGAUGACGAAGGCUCAGGUGAUCAAACAGAAGACACGUUCACUCAGGCUACCUCUGUGACAGUGAUAUCGUCUCUCUACAGCACUGUGGCUUCACCAUCAAUGUCACCUGAAACACAAGCAACUGUAACCACAAGUCAUACUGAGACAGCAUCAGUAACACCAGAAUCAAGUACUUCUCUCUCAACAACAGAUGAAGAGAGUUCCGGUGACCGAAACGAAGACACGUUCACUCACAUAUCAUCUUUCACAGUUAAAUCGUUCCUGUAUAGCACUGAGGCACCAACAUCAAUGUCUCCACAACCAACAGAAAGUCUUCAAACAGAUGAGUCAGAAAAGUCAUCACUUACAGGACUACCAUCGGCUUCUCCCAUCUCUGAUGAGACAAUAACAAGAUCCACCAUAAUAGGCACUGUUGACGAUAUCAUUAGAAGUGAGCCGACUAUGGCAGCAUCCAUGACUUCAAUCAGUGGAUCCACCAAGAGUCCCGAGACGGCAACAUUGUCAUUUCUGAUGAACACUGAUAUUGAACGUCCUGAAGACAGUAGUGUUGAUUUCACUGAAGAGUACUUGCUUUUGGCAACCCCGCUCUCAUCGUUGUCUAGUACUGAGUCUGCAUCAGUUACUGCAGCUUCAUCACUCUACAGUACUGAAAAAACAACAUCCAUGUCAUCUGAUAGGCAAGCAACUGUAACCACAAGCGCGACAGAGAAAGCAUCAGUCACAUCAGAAUCAAGUACUUCUCUCUCAACAACAGAUGAAGAGAGUUCAGGUGACCAGACAACUCAGAUGUCCAGCAAAGAGACUACAGCUCCUACAGGCUCCUCAUUGUUUAGCACAGAGAAGCCAACUGCAUUGCCAGUUAGAGAACAGGACAGUACAGUCAUAGUCCAGACAGAGAAACCCUCAGUAUCUCCAAUUACUGCUAAGACAGAGUACAGUUCCAUUUCUACCCCAGCAGAUGACCAAGGCUCAGGCGACCAAACCCAGGACAUGUUCACUCAGACCUCUUCUGUCACAGCUACAUCAUCCCUUUACAGCACUGUGGCUUCAUCAUCACUGUCACCUGAAACACCAGCAACUGUAACCACAAGUGAGACGGACAAAGCAUCAGUAACAUCAGACUGGAGUACUACUUUUCCAACAACAGGAGAAGAAGGCUCAGGUGACCCAACAGAAGACAUGUUCACUCAGACCUCCUCUGUCACAGCUAAAUCAUCCCUUUACAGCACUGUGGCUUCACCAUCAAUGUCACCUGAAACACCCACAACUGUAACCACAAGUGAGACAGAGAAAGCAUCAAUCACACCAGAAUCAAGUAGUACGCUCUCAACAACAGAUGAAGAGAGUUCAGGUGACCAGACUACUGAGAUGUCCAGCAAAGAGACUACAACUCCUACAGGCUCCUCAUUGUUUAGCACAGAGAAGCCAACAGCAUUGCCGGUUAGAGAACAGGACAGUACCGUCAUAGUCCAGACAGAGAAACCCUCAGUAUCUCCAAUUACUGCUAAGACAGAGUACAGUUCCAUUUCUACCCCAGCAGAUGACCAAGGCUCAGGCGACCAAACCCAGGACAUGUUCACUCAGACCUCUUCUGUCACAGCUACAUCAUCCCUUUACAGCACUGUGGCUUCAUCAUCACUGUCACCUGAAACACCAGCAACUGUAACCACAAGUGAGACGGACAAAGCAUCAGUAACAUCAGACUGGAGUACUACUUUUCCAACAACAGGAGAAGAAGGCUCAGGUGACCCAACAGAAGACAUGUUCACUCAGACCUCCUCUGUCACAGCUAAAUCAUCCCUUUACAGCACUGUGGCUUCACCAUCAAUGUCACCUGAAACACCCACAACUGUAACCACAAGUGAGACAGAGAAAGCAUCAAUCACACCAGAAUCAAGUAGUACGCUCUCAACAACAGAUGAAGAGAGUUCAGGUGACCAGACUACUGAGAUGUCCAGCAAAGAGACUACAACUCCUACAGGCUCCUCAUUGUUUAGCACAGAGAAGCCAACAGCAUUGCCGGUUAGAGAACAGGACAGUACCGUCAUAGUCCAGACAGAGAAACCCUCAGUAUCUCCAAUUACUGCUAAGACAGAGUACAGUUCCAUUUCUACCCCAGCAGAUGACCAAGGCUCAGGCGACCAAACCCAGGACAUGUUCACUCAGACCUCUUCUGUCACAGCUACAUCAUCCCUUUACAGCACUGUGGCUUCAUCAUCACUGUCACCUGAAACACCAGCAACUGUAACCACAAGUGAGACGGACAAAGCAUCAGUAACAUCAGACUGGAGUACUACUUUUCCAACAACAGGAGAAGAAGGCUCAGGUGACCCAACAGAAGACAUGUUCACUCAGACCUCCUCUGUCACAGCUAAAUCAUCCCUUUACAGCACUGUGGCUUCACCAUCAAUGUCACCUGAAACACCCACAACUGUAACCACAAGUGAGACAGAGAAAGCAUCAAUCACACCAGAAUCAAGUAGUACGCUCUCAACAACAGAUGAAGAGAGUUCAGGUGACCAGACUACUGAGAUGUCCAGCAAAGAGACUACAACUCCUACAGGCUCCUCAUUGUUUAGCACAGAGAAGCCAACAGCAUUGCCGGUUAGAGAACAGGACAGUACCGUCAUAGUCCAGACAGAGAAACCCUCAGUAUCUCCAAUUACUGCUAAGACAGAGUACAGUUCCAUUUCUACCCCAGCAGAUGACCAAGGCUCAGGCGACCAAACCCAGGACAUGUUCACUCAGACCUCUUCUGUCACAGCUACAUCAUCCCUUUACAGCACUGUGGCUUCAUCAUCACUGUCACCUGAAACACCCGCAACUGUAACCACAAGUGAGACGGACAAAGCAUCAGUAACAUCAGACUGGAGUACUACUUUUCCAACAACAGAUGAAGAAGGCUCAGGUGACCCAACAGAAGACAUGUUCACUCAGACCUCCUCUGUCACAGCUAAAUCAUCCCUUUACAGCACUGUGGCUUCACCAUCAAUGUCACCUGAAACACCCACAACUGUAACCACAAGUGAGACAGAGAAAGCAUCAAUCACACCAGAAUCAAGUAGUACGCUCUCAACAACAGAUGAAGAGAGUUCAGGUGACCAGACAACUGAGAUGUCCAGCAAAGAGACUACAACUCCUACAGGCUCCUCAUUGUUUAGCACAGAGAAGCCAACUGCAUUGCCAGUUAGAGAACAGGACAGUACCGUCAUAGUCCAGACAGAGAAACCCUCAGUAUCUCCAAUUACUGCUAAGACAGAGUACAGUUCCAUUUCUAUCCCAGUAGAUGACCAAGGCUCAGGCGACCAAACCCAGGACAUGUUCACUCAGACCUCUUCUGUCACAGCUACAUCAUCCCUUUACAGCACUGUGGCUUCAUCAUCAAUGUCACCUGACACACCAGCAACUGUAACCACAAGUGAGACGGACAAAGCAUCAGUAACAUCAGACUGGAGUACUACUUUUCGAACAACAGAUGAAGAGAGCUCAGGUGACCCAACAGAAGACAUGUUCACUCAGACCUCCUCCGUCACAGCUAAAUCAUCCCUUUACAGCACUGUGGCUUCACCAUCAAUGUCACCUGAAACACCCGCAACUGUAACCACAAGUGAGACAGAGAAAGCAUCAAUCACACCAGAAUCAAGCAGUACACUCUCAACAACAGAUGAAGAGAGUUCAGGUGACCAGACAACUGAGAUGUCCAGCAAAGAGACUACAACUCCUACAGGCUCCUCAUUGUUUAGUACAGAGAAGCCAACUGCAUUGCCAGUUAGAGAACAGGACAGUGACGUCCCAGUCCAGACAGAGAAACCCUCAGUAUCUCCAAUUACUGCUAAAACAGAGCAAGGUUCCAUUUCCACCCCAGCAGAUGACGAAGGCUCAGGCGACCAAACCAAGGACAUGUUCACUCAGACCUCCUCUGUCACAGCUAAAUUUUCUCUCUACACAACUGAAGCACCAACAUCAAUGUCACCUGAUACAAAAGCAACUGUAACCACAAGUCAUACUGCGAAAGCAUCAGUCACACCAGAAUCAAGUACUUCUCUCUCAACAACAGAUGAAGAGAGUUCAGGUGACCAGACAACUGAGAUGUCCAGCAAAGAGACUACAACUCCUACAGGCUCCUCAUUGUUUAGCACAGAGAAGCCAACUGCAUUGCCAGUUAGAGAACAGGACAGUACAGUCAUAGUCCAGACAGAGAAACCCUCAGUAUCUCCAAUUACUGCUAAGACAGAGUACAGUUCCAUUUCUACCCCAGCAGAUGACCAAGGCUCAGGCAACCAAACCCAGGACAUGUUAACACAGACUUCUUCUGUCACAGCUACAUCAUCCCUUUACAGCACUGUGGCUUCACCAUCAGUGUCACCUGAAACACCAGCAACUAUAACCACAAGUGAGACAGACAAAGCAUCAGAAACAUCAGACUGGAGUACUACUUUUCCAACAACAGAUGAAGAAGGCUCAGGAGACCAAACUCAAGACAUGAUCACUCAGACCUCCUCUGUCACAGCUAAAUCAUUCCCUGACAGCACAGAGGCCUCGCCCUCAAUGUCAUCUGAAACAUUCAUAUUUGUAAGCACAAGUGAGACAGAAAAAGCAUCAGCAACAUCAGAGUCCAGUAGUACUUUCCCAACAACAGAUGAAGAAACUUCAGGUGACCAAACGUCCAGCAAAGAGUCUACAUCUCCUACAGCAUCCUACUUGUUUAGCACAGAGAAACCAACAGCAUUGCCAGUUAAAGAGGAAGACAGUGAUGCAACAAGAUUGACAGAAAGUCCAUCAGUAACUCCUUAUCCUCCCACAGCAGAUGUCACAGUGACAACAGCACUUGGAACUGGAUCAAAUGAAAUCUUACUGUCCCAUGUAACCCCAGCUUCAUCUCUCUACAGUACUGAGAAACCAACACCAGUGCCACCAACUGCCUCCAGCAGUUCUCAAAGCAAAGUCCCAUUCUUUACAUCCACAGAUGAAAGUCAGAUAGCUGAGACUCACAGCACAUCACAGCCUGGUAUUAAAUCAUCAACCCAAUCCUCCCCAUACUUCAUGACAGAUAGUUCUAUAUAUUCUACCCAGUUUUCUGACACAAUUGAGGCAGAAACACAAUCAGUUUCUGAUUCAGGAAGUGGUGAUUCAAUGGAUGAAGGGUACUCAGGAGAUGAUACAUCUGCAUUCACAGAUGAAACUCCCCAAGCAACAACAAAAGUGACUGGGCAAGCCUCUGUGGAACAAACAACCUUCGCAACAACCACAUCUAGACCAUCAGUUACAUCCAUAUUUGUUGAAAAAGACAGUUCAAGUAAUACAGAAUUUUUAACUGUCACAACAAGUCCCUAUAUACUUAAAACCUCUCAACCCAUGGCUAUCCCCAGUGUCACAGUUUCUACCACAAAGGAAACCUCUACUGACAUGGAGGGCUCUGGGUCUGGUGACUCAACCGAAGACGAUCUGGAGCCAGGUACAGAGGGAUCUGGUGCAGAGGUAUCCAUUGAAACUACCACAAAACCCCAGGAUGAAUUUACUGUGACCACAGAUGAGGCUGAAACAGACGACUCUGACACGUUAAGUGCUACAUUCUCGACUCACUCCAGUACACAGCUUACCAAGGAAUUUAUGUCAUCAACCCAAUCUCCACACGUGACAAGCACAGAGAUGAACAUUUCUGAGCAGGGCAGUGGGGUCUUCACAGAUGAUUCUGCAGUUGAGGAUGCCGACUUUUUUGAACCAGUCAAAUCAAGUUCUUCUGUAAUAACCACUACUUUAGAAGCUACAAAGCAAAUAGUUUUGACCUCUAGUCCUUUUACUGUCACUGAGAAGAGCUUAAGUGACCAUACAACAUAUAAGUCCACUGACAAUGUUAUUACACAAAAAACUACAGGCACUGCAGCUUCGUCCCUAUACAGCACAGAGGGGCCAACAACAAUGACUCCUGAAAUGCACACUUCAACAGUUCAGGGGAGCUCAGCUUAUAUGUUCUCUCAGACAACUCCCUACAUGCCUACAUCUUCAACUGAAAAACCAGUUGAGCUACUUAUGAGUAGUACUUCUCCAACCGCAGUUACAAGCUCAUUGUAUACAGAGGAUGGUGGUUCAGGUGACCAUACUACUACUACUGAUGUUCUUACUGCAAUGGAUGCUACAGUGCCUUCGGUCUUUAGCACAAAUGAACCAACAAUGGCAGAAGCCUCUCAUGAAAGUGCAUCUGCUUAUAGUACAAAUACUUCCCUGUUCUCCCCAGAGAAACCAACACCAAGUCCAGCCUUUACUUUGACAGAGAGAGAAAGUUCUAGUGACCAAACCACUGAGAUUACCUCAAAGCCAACAGUAAUGGAGAGUGUCACAUUCGGAGAAGCAACAGGUGAAACCCAAACCCUUAUUUCUGUUACACCAACCUCUGAUGAGCAGGUUUCCUCACGGGAGAGCGAAGUUACUCCAGACACAGAAAGUCUUAUCAGUUCUGAGGCAACAGAGCCUCCUGUUUCAAUCACUGGGGAAAAUUAUGUUACUCAUGCUGAGAAUAUGACGCAAUCCUUCUUUACAACUAUGUCCCCCCAUACAAUUGGAGCUUCAGUUAGUGAUCUCACUACAGUUGACUUCACCAAACUAAGCUCCAGCAUUGAACACAAGCAAGAUGAGUUCACAUCUAUGUCCACCCCCAUCCCAUCCAUUAUAUAUCAUAGUGUCACAGACCAACAGGUCGUGAUCAUCACUCCCAGUAGCAGCCAAGCCAAUACUGACCUAACUGAACAAACACCUACCAUGGUCCUACAUGUGUCUAAACCAUCAGCCAGCGCAACCAUUAUAUUUACAGAGGAUGUAAAAGAUGAAGAUGAGCUGUUCUCUGCAGUUACAGACAGUAUCAGGGAAAGCAGCUCCACUCCUGAGCUCUUCACCAAAGAUGAUACUAUCAUUGAUGCAGAUAUCUCCAUAGUUCCCUCUUCAUUUUACCCGACCAUCCAGACAGAGGAGGCUGGAGGUGUCACAGCAGUAACAAUGACACAAAAGUCUGAACUAACAGAACAAUUAGAGGGUUCAGGUGACAUCUUCCUUUCUCCUACACCAGUAACAUUAGAUGCAUCCUCAGCCACUGAUUCAUCACUAGCCUCAACAUCCUCUCAAUACUUACUGUCUACUGUAAAACCAUCAAAUGUAGAAGAUAUGUCUAGUAUGGAGGAAUCCAGUGAGGAGACAGUCACAUCCACAUCACAUGCCACCCCAGUUACUACUGUGUCCACAAAGUCAAGCUCUGAAGAAAAACACAUUUUAACUACACCCCUAGGGACUCAUACCAAACCAGUUCAACAUCUGGUGAUGAAUGAUUCAUCAGUCGAGGACACUGAUAAUGGCACUGAGUCUGUCACUGAGAUUGCUGCCUCCUCAUCUUUGCCAUCUGAAACUGAAACAACAUAUAUAAGCUCAAUCACUCCAGUGUCCAGUGAGGAGUACAUGGUCAGCCCAGUUGAAAAAGAAACAGUGACACCAUCGGUCACUCCACUGUCAGAUUUUACUGAUACAGAUACCUCAAGGGAUACAACUUCUGGUAUACUGACAGAUUCCACAGUGAAAGCUGAACGAGUAACAUUUUCAGUUACCUCACCUGAACUUGGCACCGGGGAAACUAAAAUAGCAGUAUCAGAUACUGCUUCCAGUCUCUACAGCACUAGGAAACCAACUGUCACAUCCUCUGCUGAUGUUACUGGGAAGGAGAGAUUACAUCAAACUCAUAUGACGGAAUCUGUGACACAGACAGCUCUUUCUCCGCACAGUACAAAGAAAAUGGACCAAAUGCUAUCCACAACAAAAUUAUCUCUUCCAUACAGCACUGAUAAACCUUCAGUGCCAAGUAACACAGAUGUCGCUGGUAUAGAGGGCUCUGGAGUUGAGAUAUCAGAUACCACAACUGCAUCACCUAAGACAGUGACAUCUGAGAGCAAAAAGACUGCAGCCACUCCAGUAUUCCCUCUGUUCAACACAGAAAACCCCACCACCAUUACCCAAGAGGAUGAAACUCGAACAAGUGCUCUAACCACAGAGGAAGAGAAAGGAUCAUCGCCAGUUUCAUCCUUUACCGACAGAGCAACAUCAACUCCAACACAUAAAGACAGCACAAGGGACCAUGUCACCUCUAUAUCUACAAAUGAAUCAGUUUCUACAACCACAGUGUCUUCUCUACAAAGCACUCCAAAGCCUGAUGUGAUGGUUCGAUUUGUCACCACUUUUGUCCCAGAACCAGAUACAACGCCACCUGAAGGGUCCUUCCAACAGGCCAGGUCUGAGACCACAUUCACUCAUCAUCCCCAAACUGACAUUUCCUCUGAGAAAACUGUUUUAGCCACAAGCCCAAUGUUACCCAGUGAGGAGUCCAGCCAGCACUUUGAAACUAGUGAUGUAACUCUGCAGACUGGAGUUACAGCUACAUCACUGGAAUAUAAGACAGCUGAACCACCGAGCGGAGCACCUAAGACCAAUGAACUUUCAACUGAUGAUGGAGGUAGCACAGAUUCCAAAGAGACUAAAGUAGUAGUCACCACAAUGCCAGCUGAACACAUUUCUUUUGAACUUACUUCAAAUGUCCCUUCAGAAUCAGCAACACUACCUGAUGAUAUUAUCCAAUAUGUCGCAACAGUUUCCCCUGUACAACAACUAACAACACCUCAGAAGUCUUUUGAACAAGCCAGGUCAGAGACUGCCCUAACACACCGUCCACUCACUGAUCUUUCUUCUCAGGAUGUAUCAGUGACCACAACUCACCCUGUGUUUGUGAGUCAUGAAACAAGCCAGAUUACAGAAUCACCAACUGUGCCUGCCACCACUUCUUUGGUGACUAGAGCUUCAGUGGAGGAUGGGACAGUUGAAGCCACUGUUGAUCAGGUUUUAUUUGGUGCAAAGACUGAACCAUCUCCAGAUACAGAUACAGAUUAUUAUGAUACAACACCAGAUUAUGAAGAACCAGACCCUCACAAAGUUGAAGCGCUUCCACCAAAACUUGAUACUUCAACACCAAGAGAAACAGUAGUGCUCAGUACUACACCACCUGUUGUUUCUCUAACAUCUAAGAGUCAUCCUGUUAAGUCAGUGAGCAGUAGUGAAAGUAGCUCAGAAGAAACGGAAGCCCAGUUACCUGUAGAAGCAGCAGCUAUCACUUUCUUGCCUUCUGCGUCAGCUCCCAUCAGUGCAACAUCCUCCUCUAGUUCUGAGAGUGGAUCAAAAGAACCAACCAUGUCAGGAAAGCAAGAAAGCAUGUCCACAGAAAGCCCUGUAAAGCUGCAUGGUGAUAUUGUUGAGAAUAUCACCUCUGCGCUCCUAUCUGCCACAACUGAGUCACCCUUCAUCCUUAGCACUGGGGUUGAAAGUGGGUCAGUCAGUUCUGAGAGUGUAUCUGAAGACAUGACAACUACAAAGAAACCAAACAUUGAAAACAGGCUAAAGCCGUCUCUGUCCCCAGAUGAAAUCCAGACCGUAUUCAAGGUAAAUGCUACCACAGCUUCAAAACUGGAGUCCACUAGUGUUGAUAGCAAAUCUGAGAAAGAGAACAUUGUGGACAAAAUUGAAGAAGAUGUCUCUCCCCAGACUGAAAUACCUACAAGGACCCAUACAGAGUUCACAACAUUGACACCAACUCUAGCGCAAAGCCAGCCAGUGCCAGUUGUAUCUGUAGCCACCACUCCAUCAUUACCUUUUUCUGAGGUGGAUAACAAUGACAUUACUGCACUACCGGACACAGGACUUGAUUUGGGGCACACUGUCAUUGGCGAGACUGUUGAAAUUCCAGAAGUUUACUUAUGUUCAACGAAUAUUUGUGUGAAUGGAGGAUCUUGCUACAAGACUGGAAACAUCUAUAAAUGUAGCUGUCCUCCUGGUUACAGUGGUGAACGCUGUGAAAUAGAUACUGAUGAGUGUCAGUCAAACCCCUGCCGCAAUGGAGGUACAUGUGUUGAUGGGCUGGCCUCCGUCACAUGUUUGUGUCUCCCAAGCUACUCUGGAGAGUAUUGUGAGGAGGAUACAGAAACAUGUGACUAUGGCUGGCACAAGUUUCAGGGCCACUGCUACAAGUACUUCCCGAAUAGAAGAAACUGGGACACAGCAGAGAGAGAGUGUCGCAUGCAGGGAGCUCAUCUGACCAGCGUCCUCUCCCACGAGGAGCAACAGUUUGUCAACCGUCUUGGACAGGAUUACCAGUGGAUCGGCCUGAAUGAUAAGAUGUUUGACAGUGACUUCCGCUGGACUGACGGCAGCCCUAUGCAAUAUGAAAACUGGAGGCCCAACCAACCUGACAGCUUCUUCACGUCUGGUGAGGACUGUGUUGUGAUGAUAUGGCAUGAGGACGGCCAGUGGAAUGAUGUUCCAUGCAACUACCACCUCACAUAUACCUGCAAGAAGGGCACAGUGGCCUGUAGCCAGCCCCCUCUGGUGGAGAAUGCACGCACCUUUGGUAAGACACGUGAGAGAUAUGAGAUCAACUCGCUGGUGAGGUACCAGUGUCGGACAGGCUUUAUUCAGAGGCACGUCCCAACUAUCCGUUGUCGUGGGGAUGGGCGAUGGGAUAGCCCUAAAAUCUCUUGCCUGACUCCAUCAAACUAUCAGAGGACCUUUAUCAGGAGACAUCAACACAAUAGUCUCUACAGCAUCAACAACUUCAAGAGAUUCCAGGAUGAUGCCUUGCACAUUCACCAACAACUCUACCGGGGGAGGAGAGACAGGACUGAACAUAAGCGCAAGAGACAGUGAUUGUCUUGUAACAUGGCACAGUUUCGCCAAGACAAAGAAUUGCUUGUGUGAAAAGAGCAAAAAUGAUUCUUAAACAAAAAGCACAAAGGAUAACUCAUCAAAGAAACCAAGAGGAUAACCUGCAGUUUUCUUGCAUUUUGGAUGACGAUGGAAUUUUAUGAAGUGCCUUUUAAAGAGAUGUUGAUUCAUGACUUUUCUUAACAAGGGGCACUGUUUUUUUAACAACGCCAAUGUGGAUAAAUACUUUCAGCUGGCUACUGGAAAAGCAAAAAGUACACUCAUCAUUCUUUUUUAGACUGCAGAAGAUUUUUCUUUGUCCUUUAGCUUAUCAAAUAACGCAUUCAUGAUUGUUGUCUAAUACCUUUGUACACCGACUGUGCUAUUUGAAAUCACCAUAAGUGUUCCUUAUUCAUAGAAAAGAAGCUGGUGUGAAAUUAUAGCGCUUACAUUAUGUAAAGGAAUCCUUUAUGUUGUCGUGCUGUUUUAAGCUGGACUUCAUUUUAACAAGCAUGCAUGCAUAUGCAUAUAUAAUGAAGUCCUCAUGUUUUUAACUAUGUUUAUUCUAUGUCAAGAGAUCCAAGUUUGGCUUCUCAAAACACAAACGGAGGCAUCAUGUGCAAUGAUUGAUGCAAUGGACAUUAUAUGACAUAUUUAUAGAACUGCAGACCUUUAUAAAGAAAUCUUUCUCUAGUCAUCAAAGCACAUUCUGAAACAUGGUUUCACAUCUUUGCUUGUAGUAGUUACUCAGAUUCCAGAUCAUUAAUACACCCAAGAAUCAAGUCUGGGGGAAAAAAAGUCACUCAGUUAACUAUUGAAGUCCUUCUUUAUAGUGGCAGCUUUCCAAGUACACACACCUUUCAUUAGCUUCAGCUUUCACUCGAUAUCAUCAGUGUCUUGUUAUGAUAAAUGUUUAUGGAUUGAUUUCUAUAGAGAGAUUUAAAAAAAACAACAUUUGUAUGAUAUUUUUGAAUUUUAAUAUGAGAGAGCUUUCUAAGUACUUACCUACAAAGCGUUUAUUCACCAAUUGAAAUCGAUCAACUAUUUUAAAAUGAAAGAAGGGAAGUGUGGCUCAAGUAGCCUGUAUUUUCUGGUCAUGUGUGUUUGGUGCAUAACUUACAAAUAGUUGCUACAGCAUGUUUACAAUAGCUGUUAUGCUGUUCAUAAUUAUACACCAAAGAGUCUUGCUUACGUUUGCUCUUGUGCUGUAGCUUGUGUUGGAUUUCUAGGUAACACUCUUCUUCUGCACACUUAACACUUCUGUUAUUGUGGUCAAUUGGAAUCAGCCAUUGAGAGAAUGUAUUUU